CAAGGGUCGUAGCGCAGUGGCUCUCAGGGAGCAUGAAGAAAGUGUGCGACACAGUGAAGAACUGGGGUCACCAUCGACGAGAGGAUGUCCGUGUCUUCCUGAACUACUAUGAGUUCUUCAUGAUACUCGUGCUCCUGAUCAGCACUGCAAGAGAAGUGGCCUUAACGUUUGAGAGCGUUGUUGUCACAGCAGAAUAUUAUCUCGAAGAGCUGGAGAUGGUAUUGCUGGGCCUUUUUGCAUGCGAAUGUGUGCUUAAGAUGUUCGCAGACGGAUGCGACUACUUCAAAUCCCUCUGGAAUCUUCUGGACCUCUCCAUCGUUCUUAUUUGUGAGUUGGAACUUACAAGGGAAGGAAUUGAAGACCGCACAGAGAGUGACGGCAGUCAGGCUCUGUCCUUUACAAGCAUCCUGCGACUCGUGAUAGGACUCAAAGGCGUUAAGAUGUUCAGGAUCUUUCGGAUUUUUCGUUAUUUCCAGCAUGUCAGGGCCACCUGGUCCAGGUUUCACGUUGCCCUGGGAUCCGUUGUCGGCCUCCUCGUGGUCACGAUCUGCAAAAGCCUGAUGUUUUCGGUCCUCUUGCGGGUGUUCUUUAGCCAGUCUGACCCGGAACGGUUCGGGUCAUUGCUGAACACCACGGCCACAGUGUUCCAGCUUCUCACUCUGGAUAACUGGAUGAACAUUUAUUACACCAGCCGUGACAACGGUGCGCCUUAUAUUGGCAUCAUCAUUGUUUUGUUCAUCAUCUUCGAGAGUUUAAUCUUUUUCAACCUGACCUUCACUGUGUUUGUGGAGACGUUCAUGCACACUGGCGAAAAGAAAACAACUCUGAAGACCCAAGAGGAGGACAAGUGCGAGUUGAAGAGCGAGACGGAACAGAGGACAGAUCAGACGUCGAGCGGUGACAACGAGGAUAACGGUGAGAACGUCGAAGACGACAAAGAUGUCGGUGAGCGGAAGGAAGCCCUCACCGUACGGUACCUCCAACUCCUCAAAAAGAUCGACGAGAAACACAACCAACUUAAUGAGAUGGCGAAAAUACAACACAGGUUCACCGAGUUUAUGUAUAAUGAGCCUGUGUAGCCUUAUGAAAAGGAUGAGUACGAGGGCACCCUUCAAGAUUAUUCUUUUUUUAUGUAGUUUUUUUAAAAGUUGGAAAAGUUAUUUUGUAAGUUCAGUUAUUUAUUUUUUUUUAUAGUUUGUUUUAUAGAUAUAGUUUUUUCAUACUUUAGUUAAAGUUGUUACAGUGUAUAGUGGUUUAGCUGUUAGUAGUUUUUUAGUAGUUUAAUAGUUUUGUCAUUGCUUACAGUUUAGUCAUUUUAAGUAUUUUAACUAAAUUAAAAAGUUAAAAAAAAUCCAGAAUGGAGUUCUUGUAGUAUCUAAUACCUUUAAACUCUGAUGUCAUUGGGGAAUUUGCUCAAAUCACCUUUAAAAGACAAGUUGAGGUGAGUUCUCCAGCCUCAGGUUUUUUUUGGUCUUUAAAAGUCUUGAUGUAUGCUAAAAGAUGUACAUUAGCUGGCAAGAAUUCAAAGCAGGUUCACAGAGUUUACGCAUAAUGUAAGUUCACUCACUAAAUAUUUUGAUGUUUUAUUUGAAGUGUCUUAGAGCGCUUUCAUUGAUCAGUUUGUGUUCUCUGGGACUCAAACCCAUGACCUCUGCAUUUAUUACUGCUUGUUUCUGUGUUUAGGAGUCUUUUACCCCUUAUGAAGAAGAUAUGGGCACAUGCUACCGCUUUUUUUUUUUUAGCUUUAGCUGGUUAUUUUAGUUAACUAGUUACAACAUGUAGUAAAAUUAGUAAGAAACUUUUUUUUUAGAUGAAAUUUAUUUUUUAUAGUUUAUAAUUGUAUAGCUUAGUAGUUGUAGAAAGGGGUUGUUAUUUUUGUCAUAUAAAGUAGUUUAAAGUAUUUAAAAAAAGUUUUUGUUGCAUCUAGUACUUUAAAACUCUGA